AAUUUUUACAGCAAAUCGCAGUCAAACCCGGUGAGACGGAUCCGCCAUCACCGUUGAACCCGUGACACCGAUUUAAACUCACCAGGAACCGGGAGAACGGCGGAAAGGCGGGGUUUUAUUGUGCAUACAGGGCGCCGCCAUUUUGUACGGAAGAAGGCGGCUGAGGCGAACUUCCGGUUCCGGUGGGGGAGCGGCCCCUCAGCGGUGGCGGAGCGGGGGCUCUCCCUCAUCUUCAAUACCCGAAAAUUCAUUAAAAAUUAAAAAAAAAAAUUAAAAAUAAAAAUAGGAAUGGAUUGAGGCCCCUCCCCCGCCUUGGAUGGCCCCCUGGAAUUUGGGGGGAUCCCAAAAUGGGGGAUUGGGAAAAUCCCGGGAAUCCCCCCAAGGACGAGGAGGAGGAAGAGGAGGAGGAGGAGGAGGAAGAGCUGGACCCCCGGAUCCAGGAGGAGCUGGAGCACCUGAACAAGGCCAACGCUGAAAUCAACCGGGGGGAGCUGGAGCUGGAUGCCGCCCGUUCCCGGUACCGCCGCGUGCUGUCGGAGUCGGCGCGGCGGCUGAACGCGCAGGGCUCCCAGCUGGGCACCUGCAUCGAGAGAGCCCGGCCCUACUACGAGGCCCGGCGGAGAGCCAAGGAGGCCCAGCAGGAGACGCAGCGGGCGGCGCUGCGCUACGAGCGCGCGGUGGGGAUGCACAACGCGGCGCGCGAGAUGGUCUUCGUGGCCGAGCAGGGCAUGGGCACCGGCAAGAACCGCCUGGACCCCACCUGGCAGGAGAUGCUCAACCACGCCACCAGGAAGGUGAACGAGGCGGAGCAGGAGCGCCUGAGCAGCGAGCGCGAGCACCAGCGCGUGACGCGCCUCUGCCAGCAGGCCGAGGCCGAGGUGCAGCGGCUGCAGAAAUCCCUGCGGCGGGACAUCGCCCGCAGCCGGCCCUACUUCGAGCUCAAGGCCCAGUUCAACCAGCGCCUCGAGGAGCACAAAUCCCGGGUGAACUCCCUGGAGUCGGCCGUGGCCCAGGCCAAGCUGCGUUACUCGGUGGCGCUGCGCAACCUGGAGCAGAUCAGCGAGGAGAUCCACGCCCGGAGAUUCCAGAGGAUCCUCCGGAAAAAAUCCAUCCGGGAAAACCCCCUGGGGGCCGAGGGCGGCGCCGGCAACCCCGAAAUCCCCGGGAUUCCCAGAGAAAACCACGGAAUUCCCGGAGAAAUCCACGGGAUUCCAGGAGAAAACCUCAAAAUUCCAGGAGAAAUCCCCGGAAUUCCAGGAGAAAACCUCAAAAUUCCGGGAGAAAUCCCCGGAAUUCCAGGAGAAAUUCACGGAAUUCCCGGAGAAAUCCCCGGAAUUCCGAGAGAAAACCCCAAAAUUCCCGGAGAAACCCCUGAAAUUCCCAGAGAAAUCCACAGAAUUCCAAGAGAAAACCCUGACAUUCCCAGAAUUCCUGGAGAAAUUCCCAGAAUUCCUGGAGAAAACCUUGGAAUUCCCGAUGAGAUCUCAUCCGGAAUGGGAAGAAUUCCUGGAAUUCCCAGCCAAAAUCUUGGAAUUCCCAAUGAAAUCCCGGCUGGAAUGGGCAGAAUUCCGAGAGAAAACCUGGAAAUUCCUGGAAUUCCGAGAGAAAAUCUCGGAAUUCCGAGAGAAAACCUCGAAAAUCCCGGAAUUCCAAGAGAAAACCUCGGAAUUCCAAGAGAAAAUCCCGGAAAUUCCACCGAAAACCCCCAAAAUUCCAGAAAUUUCACCUCAAUCUCACUGGGAACCUUCAGAAUUCCCGGAAUUCCGAGAGAAAAUCCCGGAAAUUUCACCUCAAACCCUUCGGGAACCUUCAGAAUUCCGGGAAUUCCGAGAGAAAAUCCCGGAAAUUCCACCGAAAAUCCCCAAAAUUCCACCGAAAAUCCCCAAAAUUCCACCGAAAAUCCCGGAAAUUCCUGGGAAAUUGCCGGAAUUCCGGCGGGAAUUCCCGGAAUUCCUCGGGAAUCGUCGACCUCGGGCGAUUCCGUGUCGCUGCUGAGCCUGCAGACCAUCGCCUCGGACCUGCAGAAGUUCGACUCCGUGGAGCACCUGGCGGGAAUUCCGGGAAUUUCGGGAAUUGCCGACGCGCUGAGCCUGCACAGCGAGGAGCUGGGGGAGGGGCGGGAGCGGGGGAGGGGCUGCCGGCACCAGCGGAGCGUCAGCCUCUGAGGGGGGGGAGGGGGAAAUUCCCAAAAAAAAUCCCCAGGGAAUUCCGUGAAAUCUGAAGGAAAUCUCAAAAAUCCCGAGGAAAUUCGAGAAAAUCCCAAGGAAUUCCAAGAAAAUCCCGAAAAUCCCAAGGAAAUUCCAGAAAAUCCCAAGGAAAUCCCAAAAUUCGCAAGGAAAUCCCAAGAAAUUCCAUUAAAUCCCAAGGAAAUCCCAAAAUUUUUAAGGAAAUCCCAAGAAAUUCCAUUAAAUCCCAAGGAAAUCCCAAAAUUCUCAAGGAAAUCCCAAGAAAUUCCAUUAAAUCCCAAGGAAAUCCCAAAAUUUUUAAGGAAAUCCCAAGAAAUUCCAUGGAAAUUCCAGAAAAUUCGAAGGAAAUCCCAAAAAUCCCAAGGAAAUCUCAAGGAAAUUCCAUGGAAAUUCCAGAAAAUUCCAGGGAAAUCCCAAAAAUCCCAAGGAAAUCCCAAAAAUCCCAAGGAAAUCCCAAGAAAUUCCAUGGAAAUUCCAGAAAAUUCCAAGGAAAUCCCAAAAAUCCCAAGAAAUUCCAUGGAAAUUCCAUUAAAUUCCAAGGAAAUCCCAAGAAAUUCCAUGGAAAUUCCAGAAAAUUCCAAGGAAAUCCCAAAAAUCCCAAGAAAUUCCAUGGAAAUUCCAUUAAAUUCCAAGGAAAUCCCAAGGAAAUCCCAAAAUUCUCAAGGAAAUUCCAUGGAAAUUCCAGAAAAUUCCAAGGGAAUCCAAAAAUUCCAUGGAAAUCCCAAGAAAUUCCAUGGAAAUUCCAGAAAAUCCCAAGGAAAUCCCAAAAUUUUUAAGGAAAUUCCAAGAAAUUCCAUGGAAACCCCUGGAAAUUCCAUGAAAUUCCAAGGGAAUCCCCAAAUUCCAAGGAAAUCCCAAGAAAUUCCAUGGAAAUUCCAGAAAAUCCCAAGGAAGUCCCAAAAUUCUCAAGGAAAUCCUGGAAAAUUCCAAGGAAAACCCUGGAAAUUCCAUGAAAUUCCAAGGGAAUCCCCAAAUCCCAAGGAAAUCCCAAGAAAUUCCAUGGAAAUUCCAUUAAAUUCCAAGGAAAUCCCAAAAUUCUCAAGGAAAUUCCAUGGAAAUUCCAGAAAAUUCCAAGGGAAUCCAAAAAUUCCAAGGAAAUCCCAAGAAAUUCCAUGGAAAUUCCAGAAAAUCCCAAGGAAAUCCUAAAAUUCUCAAGGAAAUUCCAUGGAAAUUCCAGAAGAUUCCAAGGAAAUCCCAAAAUUUUUAAGGAAAUUCCAUGGAAACCCCUGAAAAUUCCAUGAAAUUCCAAGGAAAUUCCAUUAAAUUCCAAGGAAAUUCCAUGAAAUUCCAAGGAAAUCCCAAAAUUCUCAAGGAAAUCCCAAAAAUCCCAAGGAAAUUCCAAGGAAAUCCCAAAAUUCACAAGGAAAUCCCAAAAAAUCCUAAGGAAAUUCCAAGAAAUUCCAUGGAAAUUCCAUGAAAUUCUGUUUAAUUCCAAGGAAAAUCCCAAAAUUGUUGAGGAAUUCCUGGAAAAUUCCAAGGAAAUCCCAAAAAAUCCCGUGGAAAUUCCAUGAAAUUCCAAGGAAAUCCUGAAAUUCUCAAGGAAAUCCCAAGGAAAUUCUGAAAAAUCUCAAAAAAUCCCAAGGAAAUUCUGGAAAAUUCCAAGGAAAUCCCAAAAUUCUCAAGGAAAUCCCCAAAAAUCCCAAGAAAUUCCAGGAAAUUCCAAGGAAAUCCCAAAAAAUUCCAAGGAAAUUCCAUAAAAUCCCAAGGAAAUCCCCAAAAAUCCCAAGAAAUUCCAGGAAAUUCCAAGGAAAUCCCAAAAAAUUCCAAGGAAAUUCCAUAAAAUCCCAAGAAAUUCCAGAAAAUCCCAAGGAAAUUCCAGAAAAUCCCAAGGAACUUCCAUGGAAUUCCAAGGAAAUCCCAAAAAUUUCCAGGAAAUUCCAAGGAAAUCCUGGAAAAAAAGAGAAAUUCCAAGGAAAUCCUGAAAAAUUUGAAUUUUUUGGGGAAUAAAUCCCCGAAAUUUGGGAUUUUUUGGGACUAAAUCCUUAAAAAUUUGGGAUUUUUUAGGGAUUUAAUCCCUAAAAAUUUGGAUUUUUUGGGGAUUUUAUCCCUAAAAAUUUGGGAUUUUUUUGGGACUAAACCCCAAAUUCCCAAUUUCCCCCCAGAAUUCCCAAAUUUUUUUGGGAAAUUUCCCCUUUUCCCCCCAAAACCGGCGCCAGGAGCCCAAUUGCACUAAAGGGAGGGUCGGGAAUUUUGGGAAUUUUCAGGGAAUUUUGGGAAUUUUCGGCGAAUUUUGGGAAUUUUUUGGGAAUUUUUGGGAAUUCUGGGAAUUUUUUCGGGGGGGCUGUGAUGAGAACCCCCCAGUUCGAGGCAGCCCCGAGAAAUUUGGGAAUUUCCCAUCCCAAAAAAUUCCCAAAAAAUUCCUCCGGGAAUUCCAAGAAAAUUCAGGAAUUUGGGAAUUUCGGGAGCUAAAAAAUCCUGGGGGAAAAAAAAAAAAAAGAAAAAAAGUUGAUUUCAAUAAAAUUCUUCUUGUUGUAA